GCGGUUGAUGCUAGGCGCUUUGUAACCGCCUUACAUCCGAUUUCGGAUGCGCGGGCUCAAUAACGUUUUCAACGUCUCUCAAAAAAGUGCGCCGAAUAACAGAUUGUCGUUGCCUUGUUUCGAUCUCAUACGAGGAAGGAGAUUUCAGCGGCCAAUACUGCUUUCUGCUCCAAGGUUAACUUGUACGUUAGGAGGGCGUUCAAAUCUGGGUUCAUAUAGAGUGAUUCAAUGGGAAUAUUCGGAGUGUCAGUUUCACAAACAUCUACAGUUCUUGGAAGAUUAGCUGGUGAUUGCUGGUUGUGUUCUAAACUUGAUUUAAAACACAUCUUUUUGCCUUUGUCAACAAUGGUGGUUGCAAUAAUUUGCUACACGAGCCUCAUUCUUGCAAGAACACAUCAGUUUGUUACAAGAAAACAAUUUUAUAUAUCGACUGGCACAAUAUUUCACCUUUCGUAUACAUUGACGAAUUCUUUCACAACAGGGCAGUGCUUGACGUGUUACCAGUGCAUGAGUGCCAAGAGUUGGGGCCACUGUGGAAGUGAAGCGAAGAAACAAACCUGUUCGCUAGGAUGGAGUGCAUGUGCCAAGUAUCAACAUAAACUUAACCUUUGGGGAGGAACGUUAUAUGCCAAGGGUUGUAUUGAAACCGAACAAUGGUGCAAAGAUGCUGUCGACCGAAUGAAGUGCGGCGAUUCGUCCCAAAACUUGUGUUCUGUCCACUGCUGCCGCGGAGAUCACUGUAAUAGAGGAACACUGCCAACGGCCAGCACCAUCACGUUUCUGGCGUGCGCAUUUGUUGCCUUUAUAAGUUCAUUUAGUUCGUUGAUUAAGGAACUGCUUUUCUAGACAGACCAAGUCAUAAUCUACUGUUUUGCAGCUUUUACAAAGUAUGAAUUUUUUUUCUAAUUAAGUUAGAUUUGUUUCACAUGCUUUUAUCUUAUAUUUCGGAAGUUUUCGCCUCGAUUAAUAGGAGUUAAUUGUAUUAUUAUUUCAGUUUACGGUCGUUUUUAGCCACUUGGUUGUUUUAGCUACAUGGUCGUCUUAAUAUCGUGGUCGUUUUAGUAUUCUGGGCCCAGUUCUUCGAAGGCCGAUUAGCGCUAACCCACUGUUAAAUUUUAAUCUAGGUUUCUAUACUUCUCUGUUCAAAAGCUGUUUGAGGACAAUUUUCUUCAUUUAUUUUUAGAGCAUUCAAUCAACAAAUUGAGGACAAAGAGAUUUAAGCUGAAUUUUUUUUUUCAAGCUUUCAGAUCUUAAAUAAAAUUUUACACUAACCCUGGGUUAUCUUAGCCCAGCUUUGAACAACCCGGCCUUGGUUUUCAACGACAAUAAAUCUCUG